AUGAAACAAAGAAGAAGGCUACACAACUUAACAAGAAUAUUUUGUACUUCUUCAUUAUUGAAGUUAAAUAGGACUUUAAAAAGAGCAAUUUCAUUUAAUAAAUCAAUUGUAAAUGAUUCAAAAAUUAAUAAUGGAACUAAGUCAUUAAUAACUUGUGGAAUAAAUAGAAUAAACAUUAUUGUUCCAAAUAAAGUUUUUUUAAAUAUUUCAAAAAAGUCGAAACACCCAUGUAUAUUAUCAUUCUACCUCUCUUUAUCAGAUUCCUUGUAUCAUAUUAAAUCAAGAAUUAAGUUAAAUGACGAUUUAAUAAAUUCGCGCACAUUUUACACACUGCCAAAAUCAACGUCUAUCUUUCUUUCAACAAUCGCAAAUAAUAAUAUACUAAAAAUUCUUUAUAAACAUGGAAUUGGAGUGAUAUUUAAUUUUAACAAAUAUUUUGGAGUUUAUUUGAAUAACAUAUAUGAUAUAGACCAUUUAACAAAGGUAUACUCGUGUUUAGACAAACAACAACCAGUUCAUCAUUGUGGCGAUAACAAUAUAAAUCAAUACACAUCAACAAAAGAAAGGGAUAUUUUGAAUAUUAUAAUAAAUGAAUCAACUAAUAUAUCUAAUCAAAUGAGUGAUAAUAAAAAUGCUAUACGAAAUGGUCAAAAUCAUAAAUUGGAUACACAUUUGAUUUUAAAUCAAAAUUCAUUUGAGAAAAUAUUCCCAUUACAUAUUAUUGACAAACUAAGAUUGUAUUUAUAUCGCAUUUAUAAUAUAACGAAUGAAACUUUUAAUUUAAAAAUGGAGGCAUUAUAUAAGGAUAUUAUCCAAAGACCAAGAUUAUACAAAAUAGUUUAUAAGAAUGAAUUAAAUAUUGGAAGUCUAAACCCAAAACUAUUUGAAGAAAAGUUCUUUUCAAGUUUAUUUAAUAAGGAAUAUACCGUAAAAUUAGUAUCAGAGUCAGGACCAUUCUACGGAAUACUAACUGAUAUUAUAGAAUCUGAACAAAAAGUUAUAUUAAAUAUAAAUGCAUAUAUAGUCGAUGAAGUUAAAAGAGAGGUAUAUCCUGUAUAUGGAUUGGUCAAUCAAGAUAGUUUUAACUACUUCAGUGAUAAGAAAAUUGGAGACGUAGUCGAGUGUGAAGAAAGGUGCUCCGAGGAGAUAAAGAUACUCUUUAAAGAAGGGAAAGCGUUCAUUGAUGUUAAGCGACUGCACCAGGAGUCACUUAUAUAUAGCCUCAGGAACAAAAGAUAUGUUCCAAUAAACGAAAUAACUUUUAGUAAAUAA